AUGGCCUCUCCAUUGGCUACUGCCAAGCAGCAGCUCAGGCGUCUCCUCAAGCAGAGACUCUCAAAAGUCUCGCAGGAUUCCGUACUCGCUCAAAGCAGCACAAUAUUUGAGACACUCAAAACCUUCAAGCCCUACCAAGACGCCAACCGCAUCAGUGUAUAUCUCUCAAUGCCCUCCGGAGAGAUCCAGACAGACGCAAUUGUUCGCCAUGCUCUAAACUCUGGAAAGCAAGUCUUCGUCCCAUAUCUGCACAAGUCACCUCUAGACGAACCGGGAACUCCAGCGCGUGUAAUGGACAUGGUUCAGCUCCAGGACGUCCAGGAUUACGACCGCCUUCAAAGAGAUUCCUGGGGCAUUCCUAGCAUAGAUCCGGCCACCGUCCAUCUGAGGCAGCGCAUCCUCGGCGGGCCAGACGUGCACAAAUCAGAUCAGUCUACAUUGGAUUUAAUCCUCAUGCCCGGUGUUGCUUUUGAUACCGACGAUGCAGGACAUGUCAGGAGGCUCGGUCACGGCAAAGGCUUCUACGACUUCUUUCUGAACAGGUACUUGGCUACGAAACCUCAUGAUGAAGUUGGAAAUGGUCAUGGACUGCGGUUCUACGGCUUGGCUCUCACGGAGCAGCUCCUCAACCCAGAAACGGAUGAGCCAGUGCCCAUGGGUCAGUAUGACCGGAAGCUGCACGGCUUGAUACUGGGCAAUGGCGAGAUUAAGCUCUCACCUGAUGCUCAAUUAAUGAGCGCAUCCUGA